ACACAGUGAGAGAAUCAUUUCCACAGAAGAAAAGGUAUCGUCAUCUGCACCAUGGCCCUCCUCUCUGAUGCAAACACCAAAUUUGCCAUAGAUGUUUUCAAUCGAGUUCUGACAGAGACUCCGACAGGAAAUAUCUUUUUCUCUCCAUUCAGUGUCUCAGCAGCUUUGGGCAUGGUCGAUCUCGGUGCCCGAGGUGACACGGCUAAGCAGAUGGAAAAGGUUCUUCACUUCAAUGAGAUCACUGGAUCGGGAAGCUCAGUGAACUCAUGUGCUACAGAGAUGAAGUGUGAUAAACCCGGAGGACCCCACAUCCAGUUCAAAGCACUCCUGUCAGCCAUCAACCAGCAUAGCAAAAAUUAUACCCUGAGCACUGCCAAUAGACUGUAUGGAGAAGAGAAAUAUACAUUCCUGCCGCAAUACUUAUAUUGCACAAAGGAAAUGUACCAUGCUGAGUUGGAAAAGGUUGACUUUAAGAAUGCAGCUGAGGAAGUUAGAAAGAAGAUUAAUGCUUGGGUUGAAAGCCAAACAAAUGGAAAAAUCAAAGACCUGCUGCCUAGUGAUUCUAUCGAUGCUUCAACUCUCUUGGUCUUAGUGAAUGCUAUAUACUUUAAAGGAAGUUGGAAAUUCAGAUUUGAUAAAAAGCACACCCAUGAGGCAACUUUUUGGACUGACAAGAAUCAGAGCAAAACAGUGCAAAUGAUGUCUCUGGAGGGUGAAUUCAAUGUGGCUAAAAUGAAAAAUCCGCCAAUGCAAGUGCUUCAGCUUCCCUACGACAACAAUGACCUGAGUAUGUUCAUUCUUUUGCCGGACAACAGAGGAGGUGCAGAUGAGAUUGAACUCACCUACACAAAAUUUCAAGAAUGGACCAGUCUGGAAAAAAUGCAGAAGAAAAAGCUGAAUAUUUUUGUGCCAAAGUUCAAGCUGGAGGAAGCUUAUGACCUUGAAAAGAUUUUAAUAGCUUUAGGAAUGACAGAUCUGUUUAGUGAUGAAAAGGCUGAUUUAUCUGGCAUGACAGGAAGCCAUGCCCUGAAGGUGUCUAGGGUUGUUCAUAAAGCUUAUGUCGAAGUCAAUGAAGAGGGUACAGAGGCAGCAGCUGCCACUGGUGUGCCAUCUACCACAAGCUUGCCUCCUGAGUUCAGGGUUAAUCACACAUUCUUUUUCUGUAUAAUACACAAUCAAACCAAGAGCAUCCUGUUUAUUGGCAAGUGUUCCUCACCAUAAGUAACAGGUGCUUAAAUAACAAGUGUCCUCUCUAUAUUUGUUGUAAAACCUAGAUGUUAAUGUAUUUUGACUUCCCUCUUUUCUUGGGCUAACACUUUUUGCCCUCUUUAAAAAAGUACAAAAUCCUAAAACUGAUCUCCCUUUGCCUACAUAGGGAGUAGACCUUAAACACUUGGGGCUUUAACAAGAGGAAAUAGGAAUGAUGGGUGAGAGAGCAGCCUCACUUCAACACCAAUCUCCCCCCCAUACAAAAUAUCCCAAAAGGUAUAUAGGAAAAGUAUACUCACAAAGUAUAGGAAAAAAGGGGUAUGAUUUCUUUUAUGAAAACACCCUAAUGUGAUCCAAGCAUAACAGCUCGUCCUAAGUGACAAAAGUCACUCCUUGACACCCAAAUGAAAAGUUUCUCCUUGUGCUCUCUCAGUGUAAACCAAAUAGUCUUUUUUAACACCUUCUUCGGCAGUCACAACUUCUGGUAAGUGGAGUGAAAGAGGAGGGGGAGUGAAUGGGCAGUAGAAUGCGAGAUGAUUGGCUGAGUGUUUAAAAUGGCUGAAUGUAUAAAAGGAAGAGUGAGAGUGGAAUCGGGGGGGGGGAGAAGAGAAAGAGUGGAUUGCUUGGUGGGGUUUAGAGAGUUGUUUACCAGGAGGGAGGUGGAGUUCCGAUUAGGAUUGAGUAAAACCAUAUGCUUAUGUGCCUUAAGAAGAAAUCUUGUUAAUCUUGUUAGCUUUGU